AUGGCUAAAGCUCUCAAUCCAGCUAUGUUAAGAGUUGGUGGAACAAGUGAAGACUUCCUCAUCUUUGAUCCUAAUGAAGGAGACAAUAGGAUCUAUAAAAGAGAUAUUGAUGACAAUAUAGGGGACUCUAAUUUCAAGAUGUCACCUUCACAAGGGAUGCUUUACUAUGGAAACAGUGCAACUGUCAAACUAUCUGAUUUCUAUAGUGUCAAUGUGUUAGAUAAAUUGUUUGAUUGGAUUAAUGAGUUACAAUCUAUUAUAAAGCAAACAUCAUUUACUAAUGAUAUGUGGCUUGGAGAGACAUCUAGUACUUAUGGAGGAGGAAGAGCAUUGUAUUCAGAAAGCUUCAUUUCAGGAUUCAUGUGGCUUGAUAAAUUAGGAAUAACAGCUUACUCACAAAAGAAAGUAUUCCGUCAGGCAUUUGUAGGAGGACAUUAUUCCUUACUUGACACUACAAAACCUUUACCAGACUUUUGGUUGUCAGUAUUGUAUAAACAAUUGGUAGGGACUCAAGUACUGGAAGUAAAAGGAGCUCUUGAUAAAGGACGUCAUGUUAGGGUCUAUGCUCACUGUGCUAAACCAUUGUAA